AACCAGAGCUUGUGACGCUCGAGUGGGUGCGCACGAAGAUUCUGGAGGAGGACUUCCGUCGCCGCCAACUGAGGGGUGGAGACGACGGCAGCAGCGGCUACGGGAUGCAAGGGAGCCGACGUGGCAGAGGACGUGGCUUCGGUGGUGCUGGAGCGGGCGGUGCAAAGAAAGACGACGACUCCAACGACCAACAAGGAGGUACCGGUUGGGGUCGCGGUGCGAAAUCUGGACAAACCCGAUGGAUGGACCCCCAGAAUCGUCACCAGGAUGGCGGCGCGCGGAGGAACCAGAAAAACGGCGCCAACAUGGUCGCUGAUUCGUCCGACAACAACCCGAAGGGCAACGGCGGUGCGGAGAAGAAGAAGGAGCGCACCGCGGGCCAAUUCUUCCAUGUGGGAGACAAGGGGGAGCAAGGAGACGCCUCUGCCAAAGUUGGAGCAGAGCUGCACCCCCUAGACUAUUGGGUGUUGGACACAGGCGCUGCUUGGACGAUGACGCCGCGCAAGGACCUGCUGGACGAAGUACGAGCUGCACCGAUCAAUGAAGUGUGCUCCGCCUCUGGACACAUGUUGAAGGUGGCUGGUGCGGGACGAGCUGCGUUUAAGGGAGCGGAUGGCAAGCCGGUGGUGCUGCACGACGUUCUCUUCGUCCCCGACCUGAAGGCCAACCUUAUCUCCCUCCGUAAGCUUGGCAAGGCUGGGGUGAACACCAACACGGAUGGGGCACGCACUUAUAAGGGGAAGCUGGGCAAUCGGGUGCUUUGGGAUCUGCACGAGAGCAAGGACGUGUACAGAUCUAUGUGGCAGCUGCCGGCCCUGGCGUGGCAUGGUGGGGGGCAGGCUGGAGAGGGGUCUGCAUCCCAGGGGGAGUGCAAUGCCGUUGGAGGGGUUGGUGUGAAAGUGUCGGCCAGAUCUGGGGAGACAGAUUGGGCAACGGCACACCGGCGCUUAGGGCAUGUGGCAAUGCCUUUGCUGAAGCAGCUGGAGAAGGAUGGAGCCGUUAAGGGUCUGAAGCUGAACGGACAGCCACCUGAUGACAACUGUGAAAUCUGUUUGCUUUCAAAGUUCACCCGUUUCCCUUUCCAUAGUGUGGCUGGCAGGAGCAAGAAGCCUUUGGAGCUGGUCCACAUGGACUUGGUGGGGCCGCUGCCGGUGCAAGGGCACAAGGGGGAGCGGUAUUUUCUUACAAUUGUGGAUGACUGGAGCAGGCUGAUGUGGGCGUAUCCGCUGAAGCAGAAGGACCACGCCGCCUCCACGAUACGGGACGAUUGGCUGCCAUUCGUGGAGAAGCAGGCGAAGUGUGUAGUGAAGCGGAUUAGGACAGACCGGGGUGGUGAGUUCCUUGGAGCUGAAAUGACGGCCUGGCUCAAGAAGCAGGGCAUCCAGAGAGAGCUGACCACGGCUUAUACCCCACAGUCCAAUGGUGUAGCAGAACGGGCAAACCGGACCAUUCUGGAGACAGCUAGGGCGCUGCUCAUAGAAUCUGGGCUGAGCAAUUCUAUGUGGCCUCAUGCUGUCCGGCACGCCACUGUCGCUAGGAACAGGGUGCUCACCAAGGUUGGGGAUGACUCGUGGGUGCCGUUGGAGAGGUGGCUUGGGAGGAAGCCGCUGGUGGACAUGCUGAGGGUGUUCGGUUGCAUGGCAGUCGCCCACGUCCCCAAGACCUACCGCAGUAAGUUGGGGGCGAGUGCAAUCUGGUGUGUGCAUUUGGGGCUGGCUGCUGAGAGCAAGGGAUGGCUGCUGUGGGAACCAUCCAAGGGUGUGUUGUUUGACAGCAGGGAUGUGAAAUUCAUUGAGGGCAUGAUGUAUGGGAGCUGGGAGAAACAGCCGGAGGCAAGGGUGUCCCAGCAGAUGGAGCAGAUCACCAUGCAGCUGGACCUGACUCCUAGUGUGUGGGAGGAGGGAGAGGAGGCAGCUGCUGGAAAUGGUGAUGGAGAGAAGGUACAGGAGGCAUCUGCUGGUGGAGAAAAUGGUGUGGAAACUGGCGGCAGCACUAGUGGAGCUGCUGGACCCGAGGGAGGAGAGAAGCAGCAGGGAAAAACUAAGAAGCCGAAGGGUGUCGUUAUGAAGGGAUGGGAGACACCCAGCGAGCUAGGGACCGAAGAGGCAUUGCUGAUUCUACCUCAUGGCUAUGACCCGGAUGAGGAGGAUGAGCCUGCGUACUGUUUUCUUGCCCCUGCACCAGAGGAACCAGCUAGCAUGGAGGAGGCAUUAGCUGGACCAGAUAGGGACAAGUGGCUGGCUUCUAGGGAUGCUGAGUACCAGAGUCUGCUGGAGAAUAGGACAUGGGAUCUGGUGGUGCUGCCUGAUGGGAAGAAAGCGAUACAAUGCAAGUGGGUGCUGAGGAUCAAGACCGAUGACAAGGGGCAGGUCACCAUCUACAAGAGUAGGCUGGUGGCGAAGGGGUUUAUGCAGAAGGAGAAGCAGGACUUCAACGAGAUCUUUGCUCCCACUGCCAAACCCCCUACCUUCCGUGUCUUGUUGGCAGAUGCAGCUGUUAGUGGGAAAUUCAUCAUUCAGAUGGAUAUUUCAACGGCAUUCCUGAAUGGGAUUUUAGAGGAGGAUGUGUACAUGACGCAGCCGCCUGGGUAUGAGGAUGGUACGGGCAGGGUGUGCAAGCUCAACAAGUCCAUCUACGGCUUGAAGCAGGCGCCACGCUGCUGGUACCAGAAGUUGGCAGCUGUUUUAGAGGAGAUGGGAUUCAGGACCAGCAGCUGUGAUGAGAGCCUCUUUCUCAAGGGCGAGGGGGAGAAGCUGGUGCUGUUUCUGGUCUAUGUGGACGACAUUCUUCUCUUCAGCAGCAGCAUGAAGGAGAUCCAGAAAGUGCAGCAGCAACUGAUGGAGAACUUCAAGUGCAAGAACCUUGGGGAGGUAAAGUACUACCUCGGGAUGCACGUGGAGAGGGAUCCAGAUCACAGGUGGUUGAAGCUGCACCAGGAGAAGUUCAUCAAGGAGCUGGGGGAGAAGUAUGGGAUUGAGAAUGAGCGCAAGGUUGCAACUCCCCUGCCAGCAGAAUUCAAGCUUGUGAAGGCUGCAGAGGAUGAAGGGGUUGAAGCUGAAGAGCAGCAGCAAUUUCAGUCCUUGGUGGGCAGCCUCUUGUACGCAGCAGUUCACACGAGGCCCGACAUCUCUUUCUCGGUUGGGCAGCUGGCUAGGGUGGUGCAGAAUCCAUCAGAGGAGCAGGUGGAUGCAGCUGAGCGUGUGGUGAAGUACCUGAACUCUCACCCAAGCAUUGGAGUUCAAUACUCCGCAUCUGCACAGGUGAAGCAGAAAGGGGUGGAGGUGCUGAAAGAGAAGGGGGAGAGGCUUGGAGAAGGCAAGCUAUUUCUCACUUGCUUUACCGAUGCUACAUGGGCUUCUGAGAAGGAGGAUUCCUCAUCUGUGGGAGGAUACAUCUGCGUAGCGGGGAGGACCUGUUAG